UUCUUUAGCCACUGGUCUGCAGGCGUUUCCUUCUUCUCCUUCUAACUUCCUCUCCUGUGACAAAAGAGAUAACUAUUAGACAAACAAAAGUCCAGAAUGCUAAGGUUGCAACUUUCACUUCCUCUCACCCUUUAGCCCAGAACUGCUUUGAAUAUACCAAUUGCUGUGGGGCACCGGCUUGAGGAAGAGAAGACACCAGUGCCUCAGAAACUGCCCGGUGAAACGGUGAUAGCGAGCCACGCGUUUACCGGACCACUGUCGCUCACAGAAGCAGUGAGGAUGAUGCCAGGAUGACAUCUGCCUUGCGCCUGGCUGGGACCCUGAUCCCAGCCAUGGCCUUCCUCUCCUGCGUGAGACCAGAAAGCUGGGAGCCCUGCGUGGAGGUGGUUCCUAACAUUACUUAUCAAUGCAUGGAGCUGAAUUUCUACAAAAUCCCCGACAACAUCCCCUUCUCAACCAAGAACCUGGACCUGAGUUUUAAUCCCCUGAGGCAUUUAGGCAGCUAUAGCUUCUUCCGUUUUCCAGAACUGCAGGUGCUGGAUUUAUCCAGGUGUGAAAUCCAGACAAUUGAAGAUGGGGCAUAUCAGAGUCUAAGCCACCUCUCCACCUUAAUAUUGACAGGAAACCCCAUCCAGAGUUUAGCCCUGGGAGCCUUUUCUGGACUAUCAAGUUUACAGAAGCUGGUGGCUGUGGAGACAAAUCUAGCAUCACUAGAGAACUUCCCCAUUGGACAUCUCAAAACUUUGAAAGAACUUAAUGUGGCUCACAAUCUUAUCCAGUCUUUCAAAUUACCUGAGUAUUUUUCUAAUCUGACCAAUCUAGAGCACUUGGACCUUUCCAGUAACAAAAUUCAAAAUAUUUAUUGCAAAGACUUGCAGGUUCUACAUCAAAUGCCCCUACCCAAUCUCUCUUUAGACCUGUCCCUGAACCCUAUAAACUUUAUCCAACCAGGUGCAUUUAAAGAAAUUAGGCUUCAUAAGCUGACUUUGAGAAGUAAUUUUGAUGGUUUAAAUGUAAUGAAAACUUGUAUUCAAGGUCUGGCUGGUUUAGAAGUCCAUCGUUUGGUUCUGGGAGAAUUUAGAAAUCAAAGAAACUUGGAAGAGUUUGACAAAUCUGCUCUGGAGGGAUUGUGCAAUUUGACCAUUGAAGAAUUCCGAUUAGCAUACUUAGACUACUACCUCAAUAAUAUUAUUGACUUAUUUAAUUGUUUGGCAAAUGUUUCUUCAUUUUCCCUGGUGAGUGUGACUAUUAAAAGGGUAGAAGACUUUUCUUAUAAUUUCAGAUGGCAACAUUUAGAAUUAGUUAACUGUAAAUUUGAACAGUUUCCCACAUUGGAACUCAAAUCUCUCAAAAGGCUUACUUUCACUGCCAACAAAGGUGGGAAUGCUUUUUCAGAAGUUUAUCUACCAAGCCUUGAGUUUCUAGAUCUCAGUAGAAAUGGCUUGAGUUUCAAAGGUUGCUGUUCUCAAAAUGAUUUUGGGACAACCAGCCUAAAGUAUUUAGAUCUGAGCUUCAAUGAUGUUAUUACCAUGAGUUCAAACUUCUUGGGCUUAGAACAACUAGAACAUCUGGAUUUCCAGCAUUCCAAUUUGAAACAGAUGAGUGAGUUUUCGGUAUUCCUAUCACUCAGAAACCUCAUUUACCUUGACAUUUCUCAUACUCACACCAGAGUUGCUUUCAAUGGCAUCUUCGAUGGCUUGCUCAGUCUCAAAAUCUUGAAAAUGGCUGGCAAUUCUUUCCAGGAAAACUUCCUUCCAGAUAUCUUCACAGAUCUGAAAAACUUGACCUUCCUGGACCUCUCUCAGUGUCAACUGGAGCAGUUGUCUCCAACAGCAUUUGACACACUCAGCAAGCUUCAGGUACUAAAUAUGAGCCACAACAACUUCUUUUCAUUGGAUACGUUUCCUUAUAAGUGUCUGCGCUCCCUCCAGGUUCUUGAUUACAGUCUCAAUCACAUAAUGACUUCCAAAAACCAGGAACUGCAGCAUUUUCCAAGUAGUCUAGCUUUCUUAAAUCUUACUCAGAAUGACUUUGCUUGUACUUGUGAACACCAGAGUUUCCUGAAGUGGAUCAAGGACCAGAGGCAGUUCUUGGUGGAAGGUGAACGAAUGGAAUGUGCAACACCUUCAGAUAAACAGGGCAUGCCAGUGCUGAGUUUGAAUAUUACCUGUCAGAUGAAUAAGACCAUCAUUGGUGUGUCUGUGUUCAGUGUGCUUGUGGUAUCUGUUGUAGCAGUUCUGGUCUAUAAGUUCUAUUUUCACCUGAUGCUUCUUGCUGGCUGCAUAAAGUAUGGUAGAGGUGAAAACAUCUAUGAUGCCUUUGUUAUCUACUCAAGCCAGGAUGAGGACUGGGUAAGGAAUGAGCUAGUAAAGAAUUUAGAAGAAGGGGUGCCUCCCUUUAAGCUCUGCCUUCACUACAGAGACUUUAUUCCCGGUGUGGCCAUUGCUGCAAACAUUAUCCAUGAAGGUUUCCAUAAAAGCCGAAAGGUGAUUGUUGUGGUGUCCCAGCACUUCAUCCAGAGCCGCUGGUGUAUCUUUGAAUAUGAGAUUGCUCAGACCUGGCAGUUUCUGAGCAGUCGCGCAGGCAUAAUCUUCAUUGUCCUGCAGAAGGUGGAGAAGACCCUGCUCAGGCAGCAGGUGGAGCUGUACCGCCUUCUCAGCAGGAACACUUACCUGGAGUGGGAGGACAGUGUCCUGGGGCAGCACAUCUUCUGGAGACGACUCAGAAAAGCCCUGCUGGAUGGCAGAUCGUGGAAUCCAGAAGAACAGUGGGUACAGGAUGCAACUAGCAAGAAGCAACAACUAUCUGAAGAGGAAAAAUAAAAAACUCCUGAGGCAUUUCUUGCCCAGCUGGGCCCAACACUCAUUCAGUUAAUAAGUAUUAAAUGCUGCCACAUGCCAGGCCUUAUGCUAAGGGUGAGUCAUUCCAUGGUGCACAAGAUAUGCAGGGUUGCUAAUCUCAAGGAGCUUCCAGUGCAGAGGGAAUACAUGCUAGAUUAAAAUACAGAGCCUUCCAGGUGGGCAUUUCAACCAACUCAGCCAAGGAACCUAUGACAGAGAAAGUCAUUUCAACUCUUACCUCAUCACGUUGAAUAAAGACAGAGAAAGCAGAAAGAGACAUUGUUCUUCUCCUGAGUCUUUUGAAUGGAAAUUAUAUUACGUAUUAUGUUAUAGCCAUCAUAAAACCAUUUUGGUAGUUUUGACUGAACUGGGUAUUCACUUUUUCCUUUUUGAUUGAAUACAAUUUAAAUUCUACUUGAUGACCUCAGUGGGCUCCUGAGGCAAGAUGCCCAUUCGAUUUUAAGUCAGUCUCCUUACAGAGGUUAAGGUCUAGUGGCUAAUUCCUAAAGAAACCUGGUUAACACAUGCCCACAACCAUCCUGGUCAUUCUCGAGCAUGUUCUAUUUUUUCACUAAUCACCCCUGAUGUAUUUUUAUUUUUAUAUAUCAAGUUUUCAUUUUUUUAAUGUCUUGCCUAUAAGCCAAUAUCAUAAAUAAGGUUGUUCGAGACCUGCUUCAAAUAUCCACAUUUAUUUAACCACUUUUUUUCAAGGAAGUAUGUAAAGUACAUUCUGUCACUUUGUCACUCGAUGUCGUUGCAAAGUUAUUGCCUACUAAGUUAUGACUGUCUGAAAGCAGCAUUGAAAUAAUUUGUUUAAAGGGGGCACUUUUUUAAACAGGGGAAGACAUUUUCUGCUUCCUGUUCUUAUCAAGGACAAUUUGGGCUAGAGGAAGGAAGGAAGUGGGGUGACCUCAGGAGGUCACUUUUUCUUGAUUCCAGAAACAUGGACUGAUAAACCUGGGGUGACCUCAUGAAAUGAGUUGCAGCAGAAGUCUAUUUUGUUUUUUCAGAGCAAGUGAUGUUUGAUGGAUCUCUGAGACAUAGAGAGCUGGAAUCCCUCCUGUGUACCCUCUUCACUGCCAGGAGAACUACUUGUGAAGGGAUUCAAGGCAGGGAGUAUACAUUGCUGUUUCCUGUUGGGCAAUGCUCCCUGACUACAUUUUGGGAAGAGUGGAUGUUAUCAUUGAGAAAACAAUGUGUCUGGAAUUAAUGGGAUUCGUAUAAAGAAGGUUCCCAGAAAAUAAUGUUCAUCCAGCCUCCCCAGAAACAGAACAUUCAAGGACAAUGAGGAUGUCAUCAGGGAAAUGAAAAUAAAAACCACAAUGAGAUAUCACCUUAUACCAGGUAGAAUGGCUACUAUAAAAAAAAAAAAAUGAAGUGUCAUCAAGGAUAUAGAGAAAUUGGAACCCUUUCACACUGUUGGAGGGAGUGGAAAAUGGUGUAGCCAUUGUGAAAAACAGUAUGGAGUUUUCUCAAAAAUUAAAAAUAGAACUACUAUAUGAUCCAGCAAUCUCACUUCUGUAUAUAUACCCAAAAUAAUUGAAAUCAGAAUUUCAAGAAAAUAUUUACACUCCCAUGUUCAUUGAAGCACUGUUCACAAUCACUGUUUCCAAAGUUAUGGAAACAACCCAAAUUUCCAUUGAAAAAUAAAUGGACAAAGAAAA